AUGGCUAACGGUUACCCCAUUGAGACCCUCUUAAGAGAUGGGGAAAAGAUCUUGAAGGUGGCGUUUGUGGAGAGGUGGCCGUUACUGGAGGCUUUACUGUUUAGUUGUAACACAGUAUUAUCAACGCUUCAUGUCACCAGGGGCGAUGCAAAGCUGCUGUUUUCAGCUGCAAAUGAUGGCACUAUUAUUGCCUGGGGUUCUGGUGGUGCCGUACAUGAUAGGAUUCCAAUUGGUUCUCCAGUGUACUGUAUGUCGUGGAAUACAAGAAGAAAUCAAAUAGUCGCUGCCGUGGAUUCAACAGUACAGGUGUUUAACAUGAGGGAUCCAGGCAGAGAAAUAGGGCAUGUGAUUGACACAAAAGCCCAUGUCUGCAGAGAGCAUUCUGAUAUUGUGAAGUGUGUGGUUUGUUAUGAAUCAAGAGUGUACAGUGGAGGAUACGAUCAGAAGUUUAUUGUGUAUGAUUCAACUUUUUCAUACAAAGGAAACAAGAGUUUAUCAGUUGUAACAAAGGUCAAUAAAGCUCAUGAUGCUGGUAUAAUCUGCAUGUGUCUUGCACGGGACUCAGACAAUAAUACAUGGGUGUUAACAGGUGCAUUUGACAAAGUUGUGAAAGUUUGGUCUCAAGAUGGACAAGUUAUGCACAAGUUUGAUGGCUUCAGUGCUGCAGUAACAGGAGUGUGUUAUGUCAGACCCAUCAAGACAAUCUGGGUGGCAGCUGGGACUGCUGAAGCUGCUAUGUAUGAUCCCAAAUCAGGAGAAAAUGUGACAGAUUUUAUAGGAACGUUUCAAAAUGAAGAAGGCAAUGGCUUUCCACUGGUCAUGUUUUACUACAUCUCUGACUUGGGACAUGUCAUAGGAACCAACAGCAGACGGCAUUUAAUUGUAUGGAAGUACAAUUCAUCUGGUUGUUUGACAACACUGAAGAACAAGUGUGCUAUGGAGUCUCUAACUUACACUCGUAAGGUGCCUCUGUUGAUCUUCAGUGGAGGCAGCAAUGGCCAUGUAUCAAAAUGGGAAAGACUUCAAUCAAACAACUUCAUGUACAGCAAAGAGAUGUUUUUGCAAAGUGAGGCCAAGUCACGGUUAGCAGCCCAGAUUGCCGCUAAGUAUGAUUGGCGCAGUCCAAACAGGCAUGUUAGUGGUGAUAACAGGCCAAAACCAUCAUUCCUCAACACCAUCAACCAGAUGUCUUCUGUCUCUGAACAUACCAGUAACAUUGCUCUAUUGAGAUCCAUUUUUGUGGAGAACCUUGACUUAUUAGUGGUAGCAUCAGAAGACAACAACAUUUAUGUGUGGGGUUUUGACGAAGAUGCUGUGAAGGUGCUGGAGAACAUGAGACCAGCAGAUGAAAACUUGAUUUACAAAUACGCAAUCUUGCUUGGUGGGAAGCAUUUCAAGCCCGUUACGAAGGACUCAGAGGGUUCCACGGAACAUGACUCUGUGACCAAUCGAGUGGCAGGAUUCAUCUGUAAACACGUGUUUACUGAGCACUCUAGCUGUGUGACUGGGCUGGCUGUGGUAGGAAGAGAAGCUGGUUAUAACACUACUUACCUGCUCAGUGCCGGCUGGGACAGAAGAAUCUUUCUGUGGGACUUAGAAGCUGCCUGUUUUCAUGACACGUUCCGCAACACAGAUCCCAGUGCACUGGAGAGUGAUGAGCUCGCCUCAGAUGGGAUCAUUAUGGACUUAACUUACAGCCCUGAAAGAAAUGAGUUUGCCUAUGCUUCCUCCGACAAGCUGGUGUACAUCAGACAAUUUUCUGAUCAUGGAGCUGAGAUGACAUUGUCAGCGGUCUUACAAGGCCACGAGGCCGAAGUUACGCAGGUUCGCUGGAAUGCAGUGCUUACAAAAUGGAUCACAGGCUCCGAAGAUGGCACAAUUCGUGUUUGGAGAGCAGACGGGAUGGCCUGUGAACUAGUGCUCAGUGCCCAAGGAGCAGUAUCUGCGUUGUGUAUUGACCAAGUGAAUGGCUGUAUUGUGGCUGGAGUCCAAGAGAUUAUCAGAGUUUAUGAUCCAGACACGCGUAAGAUUGUUCAGAAGAAUCUUGGACACAGCGAUUCAGUACGAUGCGUUGUUCACAUUCCCGAGAGAAGUCAGUACGUUUCUGCUUCCUGGGACAAAACGGUUCGAAUAUGGAACGCUUACAAAAAAACUCGUAAAAAGCCUGCUAACAAGGAGACAGAUUUUCCUGGCUCAAGUAAUGAAAAUUUUGAGGAUCAUGCCCUCUGUAACUAAGGGCGAUAAACAAGCGAAGAAUCAACAAGUUGUGAAAGUACGAUCGAAGGCGACUCAUUAAAUUACAAAAAAUAUAAACAAAUCUGUAAUGAAAAUUGUAAAUAUGUAAAUAUGUAAAUAUGUACGUACAAUUGUAAAUUUCAUUUUUAUAUUUAUUAUUAUUUUUUGCGUAAUAAAGACAAGAUUGAGUUAAAAUAGA